GCAAGUCCGUAUAUAUUUUCAGUACUACGAGUGCCUGAACGUGGAGACAGACGAGCGCGAGGUUAAACGAGACUGAAGCGAGACAGAGAGAAGCGAGAGGAGGACGACGAAGAGAAAGAAAGUGGAUGAGGCGAGAGACAUGACAGAUAGAGUGAGAGAAGCGAGGUGAAGUGAGAGACAAGGAAAAAACGAGGAAGCGAGGAAGAGAGAACCGCCCGUAGCUCCAGAGUUGCAUGCGCAAGCGACUUGGGUGUGAGUUGAGACUUUCCUAUUCCAGGAGGUAUCUUGAUUUUCCUUUGUCUCUUACAACGACGGAGACCAGGCUUUUCUCGAGAGAAGAGAAUUUUUUCCGCAGAGUCGCAGGCCGCGUCCUUCCCGUAUACUGGAGAGUAGUGGCGAUGUGCACCGGGGGCGGUGAGAGACACGGUGUACGCCGUUUUUCUUCCGUUUUCUUUCUUUUCUUUUUCUCCUGUACCUUUUUCCUCUUCUUCCUGUACAUCCGGCGUCGUCUACUUUCGGGAUCUCACCUCUCGCUUUCUCCAGGAAAAAAGAGUCCAGGUUUGCAUGCGCGCCGUGGCGGUCGGAACUUCUGUGCACUUCGUGAUUUGUCGGUUUCUUUCCUGCGUCGAUAGUCGCCUAUUUUAGGGUGUCUUUCUUCCCCAGAGUUCCAGAACAGUUUUUGAAAUUUUCCUUCCCCUCUCGCCUUCUCCCUCCUUCACAGGCUUGUGACCUGUGUUGCUGCGUCUUCUCGCCUUGUUCGAAAAAAAUCUUUUCGUCUGUCGUCUGUUUUCUCUACGAGCGCAUUAGCUGUCUCUGCGUCUUGCCGUCUGCAUCUGUUAGCGGACGGUUGUGGAGGUUGCUCGUCUUCCCCUUCCACUCAUGCAUGUUCAAAGAUCUGUUGUCUCCGGCUCUCGCUCCCUGCGCGUUUGCCUUUGAAAGAGGGCAGAGCUGCCUCGCUCUCUUCUCUGCCGCACGGUUCUCUCAGUCUCUCUUCAUUUUCUCUCGUUUUGUCCAGAAACCUGAGCGUCUUCUCUUCUUCCUCUGGCUCUGUCUCUGUGCGUUCGAGAGCAAGAAGAGACUCGGCAGCGCCUUUCCGGCGUCUGGAACUGGCGGCCUCGGGCAGCGCCCCCGCAAACAGCCGGUCGACGCCUGGGAGGUCUUCUCGGAAGGAGAGAUCUCUCGAAGGAGGCGACUGUUCUUCUUUGGAGUUUUUUCUGGGGAAUAUUUGUCUCGGCGAGUCGUCUUGCCAGACGAAGCGGUCCAGUCUGGCGAAGAGUCGCGCUCGGCAUCUGUGUCUUGAGUCGCUUGUCGAUUUGCAGCCUUCUUUCUCUUCUCGAAGCGUCGCAAGUCGACAGGCGUAUCAAUACGCCACAAAUUGAUUGAGAUGCGCAGCAACAGUUCCUGUCCGCCUCAACUUCUUCGCUGUCGGUUUUUACGUCUUGCCUCCUGAGAGGCGCGUUCUCCUAGCGCAUGUUGCGGGGGGACAAGAGUCCGUCUGUCCAGAACGCAGAGCCUCUCUCUCUCCAGGUCUCCUCUCGACGCGGAAUGGCCGUCUGCACAGACCCCCCACCGACUGCAGCCGCGCGUAGCGUGUCUUCCUAGACAGUGGAGAGUCGAAUGGAAACUCAGCGACGUCGACGUAUUUCGCUUCGCUUUGCAGACAUGUCGCGCCGGCCUGGACUCCUCAGUUUCGACCCUGAGGAGGAAGACUUUUCUUCUGCGGCCUCGACGAAACUCAGGUUCACACCGACGACGCAGAGCGCGCCGCGUAUCUCCUCUGCGGCCUCGCCUUUUGCAGCUGCUUCGCCAGUUUCUUCUCGAGAAAGCCGUCUCCCCUCCCGCCGGGGAGCAAGCUCGAGAGACUCCCGAGAAGAGACGUACGAAGGCCGCAGCUCGGGGGAAGCUGCGGCGAGAGAGGUCACUGACGAAAGGGUCCAUACCCGGCGACGGUCAGAGAGAGAACGAAGCCUCUCCGCGGAGGAGAGCAGCGACUCACGUUCAGGGAGACGAAGGGAACGGAGAGAGGCGAGAAAAGACGCCGGAAGUCAGCGACAGUGGAGACGCCCCGAAGGCUCCUGGAGGAACAGAGAAGGCGACACAGGAGACCGAGAGAGGCAAAGGGAGAGAGAUCGAGACAGAGAGAGAGACAGAGAGCGAGAGCGAGAGAGAGAUAGAGAGCGAGACAGAGAUAGAGAUAGAGAGCGAGAUAGAGAGAGACAAAGGGAGAGAGAGAAAGAAAGGGAGAGAGAGAAAGAAAGGGAGAGAGAGAGAUUUAGGGACAGGGAUAGAGAUAGAGACAGAGAUAGAGAAAGAGACAGAGAUAGAGAGAGAGAAAGGGAGAGAGAGAGAGAAAGAGACAGAGAUAGAGAGAGAGAUAGAGAGAGAGAAAGAGACAGGGAGAGAGAGAGAGAAAGGGAGAGAGAGAAAGAAGGAGAAGAAAGAGAGGAGAAGGGAAGCGAGGAUCGAAAGCGUGGAUGGAAGCGGAGAGAAGACAGGGAGGAGCGACGAUCGUUUCUGUCGGAAGAGGGCAUGGUGUCGCCGUUCAAAACAAUGGGAGAGUUGACGCAAGAGAAGUUUCUUGUGGAGACGCAGCAAGAACAGGAAGAGCGGUCUGCUCAACUGAAAGACUCUGUGGAGUCUGAGAAACUUCUCGAGCACAUUCUCAGUAGGGCUCGGAACAGUCGCGCUCAGCGACUCGGUGUGGCGGCCUCGUUCUCGUCGGUCGAAGAGUCUUCGUUUCCUUCCUUUUCCUCCUCGGGAGACGGCGCUGGUGACAUCCACGGCGCACAGCUCGCGUCGUCGUCUUCGCGGUCUCCUUCUCGCGAGGGAAGUCUCUCUCCGCGAGUCGACGACUCUGCGCUGGCUUCCUUCCCAGCCUUCUCGCCAUCGACAUCGGAUGAACUCUUCUCUCAAGCAGCUGUCUGGGGGGCAGGCGGAGAGCGGACGGGGAAGAAGGCUGCGAACGCUGUCGACAGAGGCUUUGCACUCUCCUUCGGUGCGAGUGCUACAGUCGGACGCAGGCAGGCCAUGGAAGACGCGACGCAGACUGUGCCUUGCUUUCUCGACGGCACGUCUGCGUACUUUGCCAUGUUCGACGGCCACAACGGGAGCGAGCUCGCGCACUUCGCGCGUUCUCAGCUGCAUGCGAUGUUGGCGCAGACGCUUGCGGCUUCGUCUCUGGACGUCUCUGCGCUCUCGAAGGCGGCGAUUGAGCGCUCGCUCACAGACGUUUUCCACCAGAUCGAUCGCGCGUACGAACGACGAAACCGAGGCGCGUCAGACGGAGCCACAGCUCUCGUUCUCCUCAUUCGCUGGGUGGAAGACCGCAGCGGCUUGAAUCGCAGGCGGCCGCCGCGCGAGAUGCAGCCUGGAGGCGAAGACUGCAUGCGCAGAAACCGGGUGCAAAUCUUCCUCGCGCAUGCGGGAGACACCCGCGCGGUUCUGGGGAAGGUCUUGCCUCGCUGGUCGGAAGCCGGCGGAACGGAGAGAGAGGCGGAGGAGGCCAGAGGGCGGAGAACGAAAGUCAAGGCGGACCGGCUCACGCAAGACCACAAACCGAGUCGAGACGACGAACGCCUGCGAAUCGAAAGACACGGAGGAACCGUCGUCGACCUCGGAUGUCCACGAGUUAUGGUCGGGUCGGUCAAUAUGGCCCUUGCGGUCUCGCGGUGUCUCGGAGACUUUGCGUUGAAAAGAUAUUCCGAGCACAUUGUUCUCUCGACUCCCGACGUCUCCUCCAGAGAGCUCGUUCCUGGGCGAGACGCGUUCGUCGUAAUCGCGAGCGAUGGACUGUGGGAUGUACUGACGGACGAGGAGGCGGCGAAGCUGGUUCAGAGGAGAAUCGACAACUUCUUCCAGAGAAGCGCAAAGCGCGGCGAACGCGGCGAGGAGCUCUCGCCUGCAAACGCGAGAGAGACAGGCGCCGAGAAAACAAAGAGAGGCGGCGACCUCGACGGCUGGUUCGACCCAGGCGAAGAAGCGCGAGAGAGUCAAGACGAAGGCGACAGCUGGUGGGAACGUGGAAGACAGCGAAAAAGCAAAGCGCAGAGAGACGGCGAACGCGAAGCGAGGCGAACUGAACCAUCGGAACAGGAUGUCGAAGCAGAAGAUGCCGAGGCCUUUGAAGACUAUGUGCCAAAGGCGGUUUUGGAGGCGGCGGCGAACGAUCUGAUUCGCGUCGCGCUCGCGCGCAUGUCUCAAGACAACAUUUCUGUCCUCAUUGUUCAUUUCGGGUGGAAGCGACGAACAAGUCAAAAGUAAAAGCUUUCUUCUCCGCAGCGGUUUCGGUUUCUCUGUCUUCCUCACUCCUCUCGAAUCUGCCUCUUCUUCCACUUCUCCUUUCUUCUGUGCUUUUUUCGUUUUCCUUCUUCCCGCUUCGGGACUCUCCUCAUGCCUCAUCUCUGCUGUCUUUUCCGACGCGUUCGCUCUGCAGUCUUUUUUCUGACUUCUCUCUCGCGCGCAUCUUCCCUGAUCGCCGCACUCGCAGUCGAACGAUGCGUAGGAACGGUGAAAGAUCGCGCAAAGUUCCUCUCUUUUACCAAGGACUUCCUCCCUUGUACAGAGGGUCUCCUCUCUGCCGCAUCGGCGAAGUCUUCGUUGAGCUGUGUCCUCUCAGUCGUUUCUGCGUUCUUCGUGCUUCUUGCUCCUUUGUUUCCCCUGGCCGGUGCCUCAACUCUUCUUUUUUUGACGCAUUCGGUCGACGCCGCUUCUGCGGGGUCGCUGUACCGUCUCUCCGGCCUAUAGUCGGAGAGGCAAGAACUUCGAGGUCGCCAGGAGGACAUCGCGCGUCGCUUCGCUCUUUGGUCUCCGUCGCUCUCCGGACACUGUCUCUUCUCUCAAAGACUUCACUGGCGGUAGAACGGCAGAGCUUUCAGGUCUCGCUCUGCCUGUCUCAACUUGUUUCUUCUCCA